AUUUUGAUAAAAUAACAAAUGGAGAAAGAAGAGUGAUUAGACCUUUUAUGAGAAUUUGAGACUCAAAGAAAAUACUUAAAAAUUCCUACAAAUGCUAAAUAUGAUCAUCUCAUUAACAUGUUCAUCAAUGAAUUCUCCAUCAGACUGAAGAGCAAUGAAGAGGUCUUCUUUAAAUAUUUGGAAGAUCUUGAUGAUCUAGAAUACAUCUCUGUGAAGAGCCAAUUUGAUCUUGAAGGAAACUUAAAUGACAUAUUUUGGUUAAAAUCUUCAGAAAUUGAAGAAUAUGCUCAUAUUGUAAUUAUCAAGCAAAAGUCGACCCAUAUGAUCGGACAUAGUGUGACUCCAAGACUUUAUCUAGACAAAGGAGGGAAAAUGCAAAUUUCUCCAACUAAUAAGCAAGGUUCUAUUAAUAUAAAAAGUAUGGCUUGAGAGAAGCCUCUCCCUCCAGAGCCAAAGAUGAUACAGAAGAAGUCCUUGGAGCAUAUUAAAUCAGGGUUGUCUACAAGUAUUACAAACAACUCAGAAGAAGAGAUAAAGACUUCAUUGUUAUCAGUUCUUAAAAGUUUGAAACCCUCCGAUGAAGAAAAUAAGCACAAAGAACACAGAAACUCACACCAGAUUUUGGAUGAGCUUAAAGAAAUAGUGGCUAAUAAAAGAGAUGAAAAACAAAGACUCCGUUCAAAAUAUUUCCCAGCAGUACAAAUAAAACCAUGAGAAGUCAGCCCAGGGACUGGAAUUAAGUUCUCUCUCACCACUGAUCAAUUCUGGGACUUCAUAAAAUAAGCAUAUGACAAAUAAUAAUUUCAAGCUAUAA